AUGAAGAAAGCCCGCAAGCACGUUCAAGAAUUUACUAGCGGUCGGGCAUCGGGCUACGGAGCCGCAUACACUCUCCCCGUCUUCCUCACUGUCGCUUCCAUCUCGUUAUGGAUCAAUGCGACUCACUUGCAAUGGCUCGGACUCAGCCACGUCUUCAUCCUGUUCAAACUCGUGCUGCUCCUCAGCGUUCAUGAACUACUUCGUCCCUUCUGUCUAUCGUUCGGGAACGUCUGCACCUUGACAGCUCAUGUCGGUGCAGCGGCCAAUGCAGCCGUCGUGCAGUUCAUCAAGCGGGGGCUACACCCCAAGUUCCCAGAGUGGACGCUAUGGUACGAGUGGUUCCAGGCCAUCGCGUUCGCCGCGGGUCAACGCAACGGCAGCCACAUCCUGAAGUUAUCUAACGCAUUGGCGUUCCGCCGCAACUUCGAACUCAUCGGACGGCUACUAGGAGCUUUGGCCUGUUGGCGUCACGGCCACACACUCGAGAGCAUCCGAUACAACGGACUCGAGCACUUGUGGCUACGUUCUAAAGGUGGGAGCGAGGAUGAGAGACGGAUCGUAGUGCUAUACUACCAUGGAGGAGGCUACGCCCUCUUCAGUCCUCGUUUCUUCGUGGAGUUCGCCAGUCGCUUACUAACUCAGGUGCGAAGCCAACUUCCAGCUGCUUGGGGUGGCACCGACCCUUCAAUGAGCGUCCAGAUCUUGCUGGCCAACUACCGUAAACUACCCGAGGUCUGUUUCCCCACACCUCUGGAUGACGCCAUGGUCAUGUUCGACUACCUCGUCAACCACGAGAAGAUCUCACCAGAGAACAUCAUCCUAGCUGGUGACAGCGCCGGUGGCGGCUUGGUUCUUGCCACUCUGCUGAGACUUCGUCAAGCUCAACGAGAGAUGCCUCUAGCGGCGCUAUGCAACUGUCCGUAUGCAGACCUGUCGGCCGACGUGGCUGUAUCCGAUCACUGCUUCAUCUCCAAGUCCAUGCUGGACGCGAUUCGAGACUUCUGCGUCCAGGAAACCCCACAGGCUUCGUGGUGUGAAGGUGCCAUGCUGCAGACAGAUCUGCGUGGAUUGCCGCCCUUAUUCAUCCAGGCAGCAGAAUUCGACAUUCUACACCAACAGUCAAUGCUCUUGGCCCAGAACGCCAGAUCGGAUGGUGUUCAAGUCGAAUUGGACAUGAACGAGCACAUGCCGCAUGUGUUCACACUGUUUCCACACUUUAUGAUGCCGCAAUCUUCCGUCGGCAUCGAGAGAUUCGCUGCGUUCAUCACACGUCAAGUGACAGCGCACCGAAUACCAGUGCAACUUCCAGGUGCUGCUCCAGCAUUCUGA